GCAAACAUGACACAGGAAAGUUGUGCAAGACAGAAAAAGAAAUAGCAUGACUUUUAAGGAAGGACAUCCCCUCACCGACAGCAUGUUACAGCCUGCGAGGCAGGAAAGGAUUCAGUUUUUAUUCAGCUCACAGGAACACCAUCAAAUUUUGGGAACAGCGGACAUCCUAAGCUCAUACACAUCACGGAGAAAUAACAAACCGUCAAAAGUGCACAGAUGUGUCAUACUUUUUACCACAAGGUGCAAAACUGACGCAGAGGAUGACUGUCUGUGACUUCGGCAUAUCAGUUUUCGACAUGAGACAAAGGAGAGAAAAAAAUCAACUUGAAACAAAGACUGUAUACUUUUCUUUGACGCAGUGCAGCUAAUGUUCGACAAGUUUGGGCUGAAUCGUUGGCUUGGUUGCAAAUAUUUAAACGCUGUGUCAGGGUAGCACAUGUCCUCAGUUAUUGUGUAUAACUGUCUUCUUAAUAUUAUGGUUUGUUUGAAUGUUGUUUGUUGAAAGAAUCAAACUGUCCAAAAACUCUGUGUUCAGUAAUUUCUGUCUCUUUUUUAAAAAAAAAAUAAACUAGUAAAAAACUAUAUCUAAUUUGCUUAACACGGAGAAAAAAUAGGUUGUGCUUUUAGGAAGUGUCUAAAAUCUAUCUGUACAGAGCUGAUGGUUAAAUGUCGAAAAAUAUACACUACCAAAGUCAAACAUUUUGGUUUUCAUAUUUGUAGAAGUUUUUCAGAUCUAUUAAGUAAAAUAGGAUUUAGGCUUUGGCAGUGCAGGUUAAACGUGUUUUGGGUGGUCUCCCAUGAUUUCUGGAUUAAGGUAUUGAAGCUCUUUCUUGAUAAGAAACAUCUGUUCAACGUGGAGAGUCCGAAAAUGCAGUUCAAAGGUGCUUAUCUUAAAAAGAUAAAUGAAUGAAUGAAUGAUAAUAAAUAAUACUGAAGGGGCAAUCUGCUAACCUGACAGUCAUGCUGAAUUAUAACCACUGUAAACAGUUUCCAUGAAGUUAGCAUUUAUCAAGGGCUACUUUAGUGUUUUGGACCUCAUUAGUUUUGUUUAUUUAUUGAUUUAUAGAGUUAAAUGUCAAUCUCAUUUAUUUCACCUCUGUAAUAUUCUUGAUAUUUAAAUUGAUCUAUAGUUAUAUAUAUUUUAGAGCUAUUGCUGAUGUUUUGUAGACUUUUUAAUACAUUGUCAUAUUAAAUUAGUUUAGUCUGUUACUGUCAUUGUCUUGGAGCAGCUGUAAGCUACAUAAUUUCCUUUUGGUGUUCUAAUGUUUUUCCCAUCUAAAGGAUCAAAAAUUCUUCUGCCAUGAGCUACUCAAGUCUCUCACCUCUGACUGGACCAAACCCCACCCCUGACCCUGAUGAUGAAAAUGCUGUGAAAAAUGACUAUUCCGCAGCCAUUGGUGCCCUCAUCCUCAGCUUGGUCUUCCUCCUGGGCGUCCCUGGAAAUCUCUUCAUUGUCUGGAGCAUCCUGGCUCGCUGCCGACAACGCUCAGUCACCACUCUCCUCAUCCUCAACUUGGCAUGUGCUGAUGGGUUCCUCAUGGCUCUCACCAUCUUUUUCAUCAUCUACCUGGUCAUGCAGACGUGGGUCUUUGGUAACGCCAUGUGCAAAAUCCUGUUCUACCUGUGCAACUCCAACAUGUAUGCGUCAAUCUUUCUGAUAACCCUGAUGAGCGUGAACAGGCUGUUGGCCAUAGUCUUUCCACACACACUGUAUCACCUGAUCACCAGGAAGGUUGUGAGGAGGGUGAUCCUAGGCACGUGGGUGCUAGUGAUGGUCAUGUCUAUCCCCUCGUUGGUGUUUCGAGAUGUGAAAAAAGAAACUGAUGAUAUGAAUCAAACAACAUAUGUGUGUGCAUCCAAUCACACACUGCGUAGACAUGUGAGGUUUCAGUACGCAUUUGAGACAGUGGCAGGAUUCAUUAUUCCUUAUGCAAUCAUUAUAACCUGCUAUGUUGUCAUCCUGAAACGCUUGAGGGAGACCAAGUUCCAACGAAAUUCCCGCAGCGAGAAACUCAUCCUGGCUAUUGUCAUCACAUUUGGUCUGUUCUGGCUGCCGUACCACGUCAUCAACAUGGUACAGGUGGCAGCUGCUUGGUACCCAAAGAACUCACCCAUAAGAGAAAGAUUAGAUGCCAUCUCUCAGUCCAGCCGUGCAGUGACCUCAGCUUUGGCCUUCAUCAGCAGUUGUGCUAACCCAGUCCUCUACACCUUUGCAGGGAAAUCCUACAUCAAGAAAAAUGGUUUUGCCUUCAUGGCUAAGCUAUUUGAGGGAACAUUAUCAGAUCAAACAGGAACCAAAAGCACCCGACUCACAACUUAUGACAAUGUCGGAGAGAGUAAUGUUGAUUGUCAAAAUCCUACAGUGGCUUCUACUCCAGAGAACAGGAAUCUUGAAUGAACUUCAUACACUAACAGACUGUAUAUAUAAAUGAAAGCACUUAAAAUUGUGUAAAGCUUUAAGUGGACUUAUAGAUUUUAGGCUACACACAACAAGCAUUAGCACAGCAUUUUUUUUUUAUUUAAAAUGUGAUAACACAAUUAAAGUGGAAGUCAGGAGUGUAAGCACAAGCAGUUUACCUUAGUCUACGUGCAUCUGAAUAUCUGUAAAGUCUCAGGUCUGUAAGUACGUUAAAACUACAAAAAAAAAAAAAGCGUAAUGUAUGUAUGACACCUACAAAGAUUUUAUUCCUUAAUGUAAAGACUGAUUUUGUAAAAUAAAAAUUGUGUGAAUGAAAACUGAUGCUUGCUACUAAAGUACACUUUAAGAAAACUGCAUAUUCCAUAUCAAGAAAUUUUUAAUGCAGUUUACUUUCAAUGAAAAAAAAAUCUUCUGCAAUUGACAGUGUCAUGAGCUUCUGUCAGAUUUGUUACAUAGAAGCUCAAGUCAAAGGACUCGUUUAACCUGCUCUUUAUCCAACAUUUCUACAUAAUCAGUUUUUAUUUUGUCAUUGUUAAAGCCAGAAUGACUUUGAACCAAGAAAAGAAAAUUGGCUACAGCUGCAGAAAACGUGCCAUUCCCAAUGCUACAAUUUCUUCACCAAAAAUGGUCAAAGUCAGAGUUUUGUGCAAAAGUGGAUUCUCCAGGCUUGCAUUGAUGCUGGUGAUCAAUGUUUGAGCGUUGUUAAACACAAGUACACUAGCAUACUAUUGUUGCUGCCAAGGCACAAGGCUUAGGUCAUCUCAAACUGGUUUCCUCAACUUGAAAACGAGCUCACUGCUCAAAUAGCCUCGUCACCAGUCUAAUACAACACCUUUGGUUUGUGGAAUGAAGGUUGUAUCAGCUGCCAAACCCAAAGCAACUGAUUCCAUCACAUCCAAAUAGACCAAAAUCUGAGUAGUCUUUUCAGCAUCUUGUCAAAUCUCUGCUAUAGUAGCAGGCUGUAGCCAAUGACAGAGCCCAGUGAGUGUAUACUGAGGUCAACACCUCAGUUUUACUGAUGCUUUUCAUACCUUUCAGUAACGCCUUUUCGUCAUUUUGAGUCAUUUUCCCCACUACACUUUAAACAUGUUUUGACUGGUCCAUUUAGACAUGCUCCUACAGUCUAAUUUUAAUAUUCAUUUACCCCUUUUGCCCCAACUUCAAAUGUACGGCACAUUAACCAUAAUUAAAAAGUCAUUUGCACAGUCCAAGCCCAACACAUCCUGCAAAAACAAAUCAAAUUACACAUUUGAAAUAAAAACCUGCAACAAUUUGAUUUACAAAAAAGAUGCUUUAUUGAACACACAGAUGUACCUACUACAAAUUGUCAUCACUGAAAUAUAGAUCAAGAGAGUUGUAUUUGUCAGUAAACAAAGAUUUAAUUGAAAUAAAUUACAUUUAAUACUUUAACCCCUUAGCAGUCCUACAAAUUUUGCCUAAAAUUUGUGAAAAAGGCAUAUCCAAAAUAAAUUGCAUGCUGCUCUUGAACCAUUUGGAGUAUAUGCAUGGUUUUGGUCUCUUUUGAAAGGAGACAAUCUGUAGUUUGUUCCUGAGGUGUCAGAAUCACUUUAUGUCAUACUGCUAUUGAGUAAUAGAACUUUGAACACACUAAAAAAGAGAGAAAAAAAAAUCCGCCCAAGUUUUUUUUUGUAAGGAAUGCAUGCAGAUGCCUACCUUGUGAGGUAUUAGCUGGAAAACACAACAGGAUCAAAGCAUGAAGCCUUACCAAGCCACAAUUCAAAUUUGAUAACAAUAUCUUAGAAAAUGAGUGUUCUAUGCAAGUUUAUUUAGGUCUAUGUAUAGGCGCUACCCAAAAAAGG